AUGGGAAAGUACAAAGACAAUGAAGCUGUGCAAAAAAUGUGGCAAGAUUACCAAGUUGGAAUAUUUGAUGAGGCAAAGAUUCCUGAAGGAUUUGCAGUAGCUAAGUUUCUGGACACAGCUGAAGUGGAGUGGCUACCAUCUUUGGCGAAUGUACUCACCAAUGAUGGAAAAGUUGAUACUAAGAACUUGAUAUUGGCAAAUCCCACACGAUUUCCCGAGCAUACCAAAGCUGAGGAGAGGAAGUUGUAA